AUUAACAGUGCAACAGAGGCAUUGUUUUUGCAAAGACAGAAGAAAUUUCACGCGGAAUUUCUUGCAAAUUUUUUUUUUUAAAAAAUAAUUGUGAUUACAACGCGCCUUGGAGGUAAAAUGAACGCCGGAAAUCGCAAAGCUGAAUCAGGGUAGGGCCUGAAUUGUUUCGUGUAUUUUUUUAAGCAGUCGAUAAAUAUCCGUGACUCCUGUGAAUUACAGGUUAUGUGAGUUAUUGUCGUGCGGGGUGGUAUCUUAUAGUGAUUUAAGGAACUGCUCCGGGGCGUGAACGGCGCGUUCUUCGUACGUCGCAAGUAUCUCUUUAUAGUUUUAAGCCAAGAUUAAUGUGCCAACGUUAACUUCAGAUAAGUGGCACUGUAUUUCCCGCACGCUUAAGAAUGUGACCAUUUUAGCAAAACCUAGUGACACCCGCGCGAAUGACGAGGAGGUUCCACGCCGAGCCCGUCCUGAAGCGGGCACCGUGAUACCGCGUUUCUGCCGCCGACGGACAGAAUGCUUCUAGGCGCCUGCUACAGCCCGGAGCACACGGAGCCCCUGCCUGCCGCAAUGAAGCAUCACCACCAACUGCCCGCAACGUCGUCCGCUUCCAGGACGUCGGCGUCGUCGACGUCGUCCAGCCCUGCGUCCUCGACCUCCCUCUUCACGAUCGACAGCAUCCUGGCUCCCCGGCCGUCGCAUCAGCAGUCGCUCCAGCAGCACCUACUGUCUCCACCCGCGGUGUUGCACCAUCCACUUCACCUCGGCCACCUCGCCGCGGCGGCUGCAUCCGGUUUCGGCGCGACUUCCGCCGACUUCCUCGCCGUGGCCUACCCCAACUUCUACCCGGCCGCCGGCUACAUGAGCAACCCUGGACACCACCACCACCACGGCCUGCACCAUCACCACCACUCGGCGCCACCGCCUAAGAGGAAACGACGACAUCGAACCAUCUUCACGGAGGAGCAGUUGGAGCAGCUGGAGGCGACGUUCGACAAGACGCACUACCCGGACGUCGUCCUGAGGGAACAGCUCGCCCUCAAGGUAGACCUGAAGGAAGAGCGAGUCGAGGUGUGGUUUAAAAACCGAAGGGCAAAAUGGCGGAAACAGAAACGAGAAGAACAGGAACGCAUCCGGAAGUUACAGGAGGAACACGCAAACCGGAAGCCUCCAGAGGGCUGCAGCAUGGACCCGGAAGUUACGUCACACAUCCAUCAACUGAGCGAAGCCGACGAAUCUUCUGAUCUGGAAGUCGCGUAAUACCGACGCUCCUCGCCGCUGACUAAUCCGUUCGACGACAGCACGGAUCAAAUCGAAAUGACUGCAAUUCGUCGUAAAAUAAACUGAAGUUUAAAUGUCCGUGUGUCAAAUAUUAAACUAACCGCGCGUGCGUUGACAGGGUGAUUCUUUAUCCAAGUUCCGUUCAUAAACAAGUACACUUUCUUCUGUGUCAAGAAUGUGAUGCUAUUAGUGAGAGAAGCUUCGAUAAUCCAGGGCGCGAUGAUGCAGAGACUAAGCGUCCAACACGCAAGCCUCUGUAAUAUUACCGCCAAGCCAUAGGCGGUAUAUAUUUAUUCUUACGUGAAAAAUUAACUACAGAAACAUUAUCGUUCCAUAUGAAAUCAGGCUCUUCAAAUGCCAGUGGUUUCAUUUCACGAUAUUCGAUUUCAAAAAACAGUUGUUAACAACACGAUGUAUCAACUACCAGACCGAGGACUUGUGAGGACGAGACAACAGAGAUCAGCUACUACGUCUGGCUAGAGAGGGAAAUUUCGCUUCGUAAGGGUGACGUCACUGGUAAUGAAGAUCCAAGAACUGACUUAUACUGUGUUUGAGCUACGUGUGUCAUAGGACGGAAGGGUUUGCGACUCCUAACAUGUGUGGUAAAGUCGUAUUUUUUUUUUGUUUGUAUGAAAUUUUUUUUAACGAAAUAUGGAGAAACAUU